AAUUUAAAUAACCUAGUACGUAUAAUACAACAUGUGUCUACUCAUCUCAUAAUCAAAUCGAUAAUACAGUUGUUAAAUCUUCAGCCUAUUCGAUUGCGUUACUGUAUUAAUUUUACGAAGCUUCCAGGACUCGCGUGUGGCGCGGAAGCGAGUAACGCCUCUUCAAGAAUUACCCGCCAACUUCCAGACGAAACUCCUCUCCACAGGACUGAGACGCACACAUUCACCGUGGACUCAGGCAGAGUAUAAACUCACACCCCUUCAAAUCACAGCGAACUCAACACAAUGCGCUCUAAGAGGCAGCAGGCGUCUCCUCCCUCCACCAGGAUGAACCUGCGCAGCUACAGGAACAACGCUGUGCUUCCCAUGGAAACCUCCUCCUCUUCCUCAGACGACAGCUGCGACAGCUUUGGAUCUGAUGGCUUCGGGACCUCGAAGAGACCGCUGAGACAGACGAGAAGCUCUGCUCGGGUUCAGAAAGCGUUUAGCGCUUUACCUGUGACGGAGGAAGAGGAUGCGUGCAGCGGCUUUGAGAACGACUUGAACGACGACAUGACUGAGAUGAAAAUGGACUCUGAUUCUGAGGCCUGUUCGCCUCCCAGAAAAAUGCGCAAAUCUUUCACGCUCCGAGUUGCCAUGAAGUUCCCGAACAGACAGGCCAGUCUAACAAAGCCAGAAUCGCCCGAGUCCAAACCCAAAGACCCAGAGCCGGACUCUGAGGAAAAUAACUUCAUGCUGAAGAGAGCGCUGAACAUCAAAGAGAACAAAGCUAUGCUUGCGAAGCUAAUGGCCGAGCUGGAGAAGGUUCCUGGACCCAUUCCCAGGAGGUCUGCUCUGUCACAGGGCAAUACGGUAAGAUCUCUGGCUGCAGGCUCUCUGUCCUCUCCAGAGGAUGAGUACCCCGAGCAAACGUCCCGUCCUCUCACACGCUCCCGGUCCCUGGUUGACAGGCCUCCCUCCCCUCCUCCAGAGGAUGAGUCAGAGGACAAAUACAGCCUGGUCCGUGGAAACGGACUUGAUGAUGAGGAUGAUGAUGAGGAAGAGAGAGGGCCUCGUCGGCGCAGCUAUAACGGCUAUCUGACGAUUCCUCAUGUGGUGAGGCCCGUGGAGGAAAUCACCAAAGCUGAGCUGGACAACGUCUGCGUGAACGUCAGAGAGAAGAUUUACAACCGGGCCACUGGAUCCACUUGUCAUCAGUGUCGACAGAAAACGAUCGACAGCAAGACCAACUGCCGCAACCAGGAUUGCGUGGGAGUUCGGGGGCAGUUCUGCGGGCCGUGUCUCAAGAACCGAUACGGAGAAGACGUCCGUGAAGCCCUCCUGAACCCGGACUGGCUCUGUCCCCCGUGCAGGGGCAUCUGUAACUGCAGCUUCUGCCGUGCCAGAAAGGGCCGCUGCGCUACCGGCGUGCUCGUGUACCUGGCCAAGUACCACGGCCAUGAUAAUGUCCACUCCUAUCUCAAAAGUUUAAAGAAGGAACUAGAGGAAAGUGAAUAAAAUGGUUGCCAUGUCCGGCGGAGUGCAACCAUACCUGACAUUGUCUUCAAGUGAUUCUCAGAGCUUCCUCAACCCCUGAAACCUACCGCAGGUUCAAUCGGAGUAGACCGGUAUCAAUUGUCUACAUAAUCCUUAAGUUUGCAUUGUUUUAAAUGUAUACUUUUUUUUUUUUUUUUUUUUUUUGAGAUUGUACUGUAUUGGAAGCUUUGAAAUGUUGCCGGCUGUGACGCUUGUUCUCUACUGUUUUUACCCUGGUUUUUCUGAACUGUAGAUGCUGUUCUAACUGCACAAUGUUCUGCUGCCGUACUUGAAUAAAACUUGUUCUUUU